AUGUCUUUGAGAUCAUUUCAGCGCUCGUCAAGGUUGGCAAAAACUGCCUUGAGAUCAGUUAGAACUUAUGCCACCGCCGAACCAGUAUGUGUUUUUUUUUUUUUUCCUCCUUUUUUUUUGGAUUUUAGUUUUUGCUUUCUUACUUGACUUCACUAGUUUGGUCCUUGUGUUGGCCAAUUGUCUUACUGGCUACUUGCAAUCCGUUGAUAUACUAACUUAUGAUUUUCUCUCUUUUUUUUUUUUUUUUUUUUUCCUAGACUUUGAAAGAAAGAUUGGAAGAAACCUUGCCUGAAAAAGCCGAGCAAGUCAAGCAAUUGAAGAAAGAAUACGGUAAAACCGUUAUUGGAGAAGUCUUGUUGGAACAGGCUUAUGGUGGUAUGAGAGGUAUCAAGGGCUUGGUCUGGGAAGGCUCCGUUUUGGACCCAAUUGAAGGUAUCCGCUUCAGAGGCAGAACCAUCCCCGACAUUCAAAAGGAAUUGCCAAAAGCCCCCGGCGGCGACGAGCCUUUGCCAGAAGCGUUGUUUUGGUUGUUGUUGACUGGCGAAGUUCCCAGUGAAGGCCAAACCAGAGCCUUGUCUGAAGAAUUGGCUGCUAGAUCCAAGUUGCCCAAGCACGUUGAGGAGUUGAUUGACAGAUCUCCUUCUCACUUGCACCCAAUGGCCCAAUUCUCCAUCGCCGUCACCGCGUUGGAGUCGGAGUCGCAAUUUGCCAAGGCCUAUGCUCAAGGUGUCAACAAGACCGAGUACUGGAAGUACACUUAUGAAGACUCGAUUGACUUGUUGGCCAAAUUGCCCACCAUUGCCGCCAAGAUUUACAGAAAUGUCUUUAAGGACGGUAAAUUGCCCACUGAAAUUGACCCCAAAUUGGACUAUGGUGCCAACUUGGCCAGCUUGUUGGGCUUUGGCGAAAAUAAAGAGUUUUUGGAGUUGAUGAGAUUGUACUUGACCAUCCACUCGGACCACGAAGGUGGUAACGUUUCCGCCCACACCACCCACUUGGUUGGCUCGGCUUUGUCCUCGCCAUUCUUGUCCUUGGCUGCCGGUUUGAAUGGUUUGGCUGGUCCAUUGCACGGAAGAGCCAAUCAAGAAGUUUUGGAAUGGUUGUUCAAGUUGAAGGAUGAAUUGAAAGGCGACAUCUCCAAAGAGGCAAUUGAAAAAUACUUGUGGGAAACCCUUAAUGCCGGUAGAGUUGUGCCAGGUUACGGCCACGCUGUCUUGAGAAAGACUGACCCUAGAUACACCGCGCAAAGAGAAUUUGCCUUGAAGCACAUGCCCGACUAUGACUUGUUCAAGUUGGUGUCGAACAUUUACGAGGUUGCCCCAGGCGUCUUGACCAAGCACGGUAAGACCAAGAACCCAUGGCCAAAUGUCGACUCCCACUCUGGUGUCUUGUUGCAAUACUAUGGUUUGACCGAGGAGUCCUUCUACACUGUCUUGUUUGGUGUCUCGAGAGCCUUUGGUGUCUUGCCCCAAUUGAUCUUGGACAGAGCCGUUGGUAUGCCAAUUGAAAGACCAAAGUCAUUCUCCACUGAAAAAUACCUUGAAUUGGUUAAGAACAUCAAAGCAAACAACUAG